AUGAAUUUGAAGAUGUUUCAGGUUUUGUGCUGUCUGGGUUAUUUAGCAAGACGAGCCCAAACAUUGGGUAGAGCGCCGGAUUGGUUCGGCGAACCGGCCAAUCCAGAAAGCAAGGAGCGACCGUUAAAAGUUAUGUGCGUAGCAAACGCGGAGAAGGGGAAGAGCGACCGACGGCGAAGAUCUUAUCUAUCGGUCGCCAACGCCGCGCAAAAAUCGGCGGCUGCGGAUCAAAGAGGAGUCACUCCGAUAACCCCUUUUCCGGAUCCGGCGGCUCCCGAAAAUCAAAGGAGCCUGACCAGGAUCUCAGAAGAACUUUUUUCAGAAGAAGAGGAGAAUACAAUGGAGAUCAAGGAUGUGCCACCGCUGCAACAUGCGGUGCAACUGUUGCAGCAGCAACAAAUAAAUAAAAAAAAAGAGUUACUACAGUUGCACACAGCUGUGCAUUUGCAACAGCAACAAUUACAAAAGUUGCAACAGCAACUGUUGCAAAUGCAACGCGAACAGACACGGAACCAGCCGCGGAACGAGCCGCGGAACGAACCGCAGAAUCAGCCAGCUAGCAACCAGCAGCCGCUCGAGCAACAGCAGCAGCAACAUACUGCAUACAAUAUUGAUAAUAUACUGAUUCAAACAAAGUUUGACGUGGUCGAGGACGCGGAAGGUCUAGAGCACGGUGGUAUGCCCAACGAGGCCGCGGAAUGGAUGGAAAAAGACAAUAUCCCAUAA